GUUAUUAUAAUCUAGCUAUAUACAUUCUCGCAACAAUGGCAUCCAGUGACACCACAACUCCUCAACAUGCCACUGUAAGCAUGGAGGUACCACUAAAAACGUCAGCUGCACCACCGACGGAGUAUAGUUUAGGUCAUCGUAGCUUGAAGAAACAUGCGGUGGUUGAUCUGCUCUUGAGGGUCUUGCUGUUUGCGACCGCGGUAACCAGUAUCGUUGUCAUGGUCACUUCUAAACAAACCAAACAAAUUCUAGUCGCCCCGGGCGUCGUAAUAUCAAGGGAUGCGAAAUUUAGUCACUCCCCAGCUUUUGUAUACUUUGUAGCAGCACUCUCGGUAGCUGCUUUGUACAGCAUCAUUACUGGUGUAAUCUCGGUUUUGGCCUUAUUGAAGCCAGGAGAAACCUCCGCAAAGCUAAAAUUCCAUUUCGUUAUACUCGAUUCGCUGCUACUGGGCAUUGUGGCUGCAGCAACAGGUGCAUCAGGAGGAGUUGGAUACGUUGGACUGAAAGGGAACUCUCAUAGCAGAUGGAACAAGAUCUGUGAUAAAUAUGAUUCAUACUGUAUUCACUUUGGAACCUCUAUUCUUCUGUCACUAAUAUCCUCCAUUACGCUUCUACUGUUCGUUUGGCUAUCGGUUUACGUGCUCUCGAAGAAGAUUGCAAGGCCAUAGAUCGAAAAAAUAUGUACCUCUGAUCAUGUAUAAAUUCAUGUUACUUUUACUUGUAAGAUAACUGUUGGUAAAAUUGAUAUAAAUACUUUUAAAUAAGUUACAAUAUGGAA